CCAAUUCUGUGGUAUUGUUUUAAAUGAUCGUAAAAGGAAUAGCCAACAUCUAUGAACAAAGAACCCACCGUAUAAUUUUUCACUUUAGGAACGUUUUUCUGUUAGUCUAUCUUGUGUGAUGUUUCAAACCGAGAAUUUCUAAAACAGUGUAGGCUGGUUUGCGCGGUGUGAGAGAGAGCGAACGAGAGAGCGAGCGCUCAGCUGUAUCCAAAGAACAGCGUUUCACUUUCUGAAGCGCAUGGAUUUUAACUGGAAAGCCCACUGAGAGAGGGAACGUCGUGCGCUCUAUUGAACAGACCCAAUAUGUGAUAUUCUAACAGAUCGACCCAGUUGAUAAGGACUGCGAAUUUGUUUUGGGAUUGUAUUACUUAAAUAGCCUAUUCGGCUACUUUUACAAACGGCCAUUCCACUGCUAGGAUACCUUGAUAGUAUAUCUGAUUGAAAUGGUGCGAUGUUCCAAACAAUAAUCCAACGCGUUGACUUUUGGUUGAUUUACCUGACAGUUGUACUAUGUGGAGCUUCAGGUGCAGGAGUGCACAGUUGCCAUGAGGUUAAAACGGCUUUCCAAUUGCGCCAGAUCGGUCCGUUGAAAUGGGUCCCCGAGGCACCUGGAACAGAUGGCGAGCUGCAGAUCUGCAAGCACUCAGGCCCGUCGUGUUGCACACGCAAGAUGGAGGAGAGUUACCAGGCAGCAGUGCGCAGAGAGACUCUCCAGAAUAUCCGUUCCUACAGCUUUGAGCUCAAGUACCUCAUCGUGGGCCACGCCUCUGCCUUCCAGGAUGCGUUCCAGUCUCUGCUAUCCUUCACUCUGAACCUGACCACUGGUAUGUUUGACAGUGCCUAUGAGCCCCUCUCCCAGGACGCUCGCCCCCUGGUGGCAGACCUCUUCUCCGACCUCUCUCUCUUCCUGGGAGGAGACGGCAACACCUCCAUGGAGCGCUCUGUGCACCGCUUCUACGACAACCUCUUCCCGCUGGUUUACCGGCGUCUGGUCAACCCUGGGCUGGCCUCGGCCCCACCCUCCUCUGAGCACAGCGAGUGUCUGCGCAUGACACGCCAGGAUGUCAACCCAUUUGGGUCUCACCCCCGUGUCCUGGCCAAGGGGCUGACCCGGGCUCUGAGCGCAGGACGGGCACUGAGCCAGGCGCUGGUGAUAGGGGCAGAGGUGCUGAACGCUACAGAGUGGGCGGGGCUGGCCAGGGAGUGUGGGCGGGCUCUGGUGAGGAUGCAGUACUGCCCCCACUGCAGGGGCCUGACCCUGAUCCGGCCGUGUGGAGGACUGUGUCUGAACGUGAUGCGGGGCUGCUUGGUAGGGCUCUCUGAGCUGGACGGGCCCUGGAGGCGCUACGUGGCCCUGCUGCAGGAACUGACAGGGGCCCUGGCUGGAGGCCACGACCUGGAGCUGGCUCUGCAGGGCAUCAGGAACCACGUCAAUGACGCUAUCCUGCACGCACAGCUGCACGGGCCACGCAUCAGCGCUAUCGUUGAUAAAGUAUGUGGGCCUCUCACAGACACUCCGUCAGUGACAAGCAUACGUUCCACCCUGAAGGUCAUGACCUCCGUGACCACCUCCCCGACCUCGGCGGCCUCAACGCCCUCCCCAGCCGAGGUCACACUGGGCCGCUUGUCGCAUACCAGGAGGUCCUUUCCUCUGAAACCAUCCAAGAAUAAUAAGCCUAGAAGUCUGAAAAAGAUCUCUAGAGAGUUUAUGGGCUAUAUUCAACGCUACAGGUCCUUCUUCUCUGCCUUGCCAGAGAUGCUUUGUGAGAGUGAGAUGGUGGUGGAUGACUUCACCUGCUGGAGCGGGGAGGAUGUGGUGGAGAGUUAUGUGGGCCGUGUUGUGGGUAACGGCCUUCAGGCCCAGAAAAACAACCCAGAGAUCAAGGUCCGCAGCAUCGACCCCAUCCUGGUGGGAGCUAGAGACAGAUUAGAACAUUUCAAACUGGAAAUGCAGGGUCAGAUGGGCUGGGCGACAGACUGGGGUGGGUGGGUGGAGACGGGCAGUGGGACGAGAGAAGAGGCCAGCGGAGAGUGUGACGAUGAGGACGGAUGUCAGGGAUCUGGAGAGGAAGACUUUGCCGGUGAGUCAGAACCCCCCUCUUUAAUUCCUUUUUUCUUUUUUUUACUCCUCUCUCCCCUCCUUUUCCUCAGCUGCCUAUAA